GCUUGAAUGCCGUGUGCGGCUUGCCUGUAGUAAAAUCAGAAGCCGCGGAAAUCUGGUAUAGAACGCUGUUGGUAUCUUUGCCCCAAAUGAUUUCUAUUGUUGCAGUUGCAUUGCAGCCAAAGCCAAGUGAUCCCUCAUUGAUCUUCCCUUUCCUCAAAGUGCUCGCUAGAAUGGAUUCCAACAACAAGCAGACUGAUGAGAAACGACCAGCAUCAAGAGACUCAUUCUGCCAAAGAAAGAAGUCUGAGAAUGGGAGUUUUGUGUCUAAUUUAAGAAAUCACUUUCAUGAAUUUAUACAUGCUUCUGCGGAUGAACACAAGACAUGCUUGAGAAACACAAUUCAAAAGAUAUUGAAUGCAUCAAAGAUUUUUGGGAAAGACCGUGACAGCAAAAAUGAAGGUGACUCUGUACCCCUUCAGUCAUCUACAAAGAACUAGAAGGCUUUCUCAAAUCAUCAUCAUCAGUAGAGUGAUAGAAGAGUUUAUAAGAUAUCCUAUGGCCUUAGAAUGCUUGAUUUUUCUUGACUACAGCACAAUAGAUUUGUGAUACAUUUAUGUGUCAUUGCCAAGCAGUUUGGUCAUUUGAUUGAUUUUCUUUCAUAAUGUAUGUAUUGUCUGCAAUUGUUUACGACUUAAACAUACUUACCAAUGUGUUAGGUAGAAGAAACAUAUUUCACUUUUUCUUCUUAUCUUUUUCUCCUGCAAGUACUUGUGGAGAAGCUUAUCCAGCUAUCAUUGUAGUCAAGUAGGACUUUGCUUUAUGGUUGCAUGAAUUUGUAGCUCCGUUGUUAGCAAAGUAAACUGAAGUCAACAUUAAUUUCUCUGUUAUACGAGUCAAGUUGUCAAAAUAAGAAUUUGCAGGCUUGCAGCAAA